GAAGAAGUGGAAGACAGUCGUUUGUUUACACUUGUUGCAAUGGCGACCAUCACUGAACUGAAGUGUGCGGUGAGGGAAACGCUGGAGUCCCGGGGUGUGCUGGGCCAGCUGAAGGCUCGCAUCCGGGCAGAGGUGUUCAGCGCCCUGGACGACCAGCGGGAGCCUCGCCCGCCGUUGUCCCACGAAAACCUGCUCAUCAACGAGCUCAUCCAGGAGUACCUGGAGUUCAACAAGUACAGAUAUACUGCUUCAGUCCUGACAGCAGAGUCAUGCCAACCUGAAGUUCCCUUGGACAGACCGUUCCUGGCCAAUGAGCUGAAGGUCACUGAGGAUACAAGCUCCAAGUCUGUACCUCUCCUCUAUGGCUUGGUGAGCCACUUUGUAAACAGCGGUGAUAAUGUUGGAAAGGUGUUUCUGCGAGGUGCCUCUCUGCCUGCUGGGACUUCUGCCAGCAACACUGUACCUGGACCUGAUGCAUAAAUGGUGGUGUUUUUUAAACCGCAUUGAGAGGCCUUUCAACACUGUCUUUUGGCAGGAUUAAAUGAUAAUCUCCCAUUUUCAUUGAGUGUAAUCCACAGGCAUUACAGCAUGGACUCUAUGAAUGCUGGUCAAAGAAAGGCUCAAAUCCUUAGUAAUGCUUCAUGCAGUUUGUUGCCGAUUAUCUCACAUGACCUUUUAUUGGUUUAGGUCAAAAUAUCUGGCAAUACUGAUAGCUUCAGCAUGCAUUAGUCCUUAUUGCAUGGUUUUUCAAUAAUUCAGGACUGAAAGUUAAGAUAACAUUCUCUAUUUUAUUUUACAAAUGUUUGAUACUUUUAUAAUUUAUUUUAAUUGUUCAAAAAUAAAAAAAUAAUAUGUAUUCA